UUCAUGACCAAAUUCGAUGUAUUCAUCAGUCUGUCGGCGGAUAAGAAGCGCUUUCAGAGCAUUUUCGCCUACAAUGUGGACUUGUGUGGACUAAUGAAUAACUUGUCGCGCAUUACUUUGUUGCGUGCUUGGAUGCUAAAUGUAAUUAAAUACAGUAAUCUAAAGCCGCAUUGUCCUUUGGAAGCGGGUCACUAUUAUAUAAGGAACUUUACGGUAGAGAAAGGCAGCAUACCAGUCUAUUUGCAAGCAGGCGAAUACCGCAUCGUCACGCAUCAUUACUACAAAGGGAAGAAGAACAAGAAAGAGAUAAAAGUGGCUGACUUCCAGGCCGAUUUGGAGAUCGACUGAUUUUAAAGGCU